GUGCGUGCGUGCGUGCGUGUGUGCGUGCGCGGCCGCCUUGGCACUGCACCCCGCCACGGACGUGCCCGGCCCGUGACCCCGGUUGGCCCGGCUGUCCCCGCCGUUGGACGCCGUUGGACGACGGCGCCUUUGGAGGCCGGCGUUGCCGGCCCCGGGUCGCGGACGCGGCUGACGCCCCGAUGCCCCGGCCACAGUCUGGCCAUGGCCGCUGUGGCGUGGACGUGUGCGGUGCUGCUGCUGGCGCAGGCCGCCGGCGGCGCGCUCAACCGCGGCCCCUACGACGCACCGCCCUGGAGGCGCGCCGAUGACGCCCUUCUGCUCGACGCCGAGGCGGGCAUCAACUAUGUGGACGACGCCGCCCUGCAGUACGCCGACGACGCCGCUCUCCGGCGGGUCGAUGACUUCGCCGACACCCCCGCCGCCCGAUGCUCCAGCACGUGGUCGUGCGUGCGCGCCGACCUCGCCGACAGCCUGGCCGGCAUCCUGGGCGCCGACCAGUUCAACGUGUCCUCCCGCAUCUCCGUGGAGAGGAUACGUCCCCGCGAGCGCGACGAGGGCGUGGACGUCGACAGGAUGGCGACGAGCCUUAACGAGGCCGGCCUGCCCACGCUCGCCUCCACCGCCAUCAAGGUGUUCGAGACGCACGCCCUGGUCUGGAAGCUCUGGCCCGGCAUGAUGCACAUCAAGAUCUUCAGGGACAUCGACGAGGGCAUGGACGCCGCCGUGGAGAUCCCUCCCGACGCAGGCAGCCGGACGUGGGGCUUCGGUGCGCGAAGGCGGCUCACGAUGGCGCUGCUGCCCAUCAUGUACAAGAUGGGCGUGGGCACGACUCUCCUGGGCGUGCUCGUGUUCAUCGCGCUCAAGUCCAUGUUCAUGAUCAGCAUCCUGUUCGUGCUGGCCGUGAGCAGCUUCGCCAAGCACAAGCUGAGCGCGCUCACCGCGCACCACGGCCCGCCCGUCUACUACUCGCCGCCGCCGCCCGCCCACCACAAGGAGGUGCACGUCCACGUGCACGCCGACAAGCAGGCCUACGGCGGCUGGCACCGCCACGGCAGCCACGGCCCGCCGCACGGGGUGGACGCCGGCUACCACACGGCGUACCCGGCCCACCCGGCCGCGUACCACUCGGGCCCCGCGCACGACGACGGCGGCGUCUACUACGAGCCGGAGCACGCCGAGCACCCCGCCUACUACCACCACCGGCGCGCGGGCGGCCCCGCCGGCCCGGCCCACGCCCCAACCGUGUCCCGGUGGGCCCCCCUGUGGGACGGCCAGCAGUGGGAUCCCCAGUUGGGCCCGGCCCUCUACUCGGGCUCCUACAGCUGAUGGCGGAGAUAGCCCGCCACUCCCCGCCACGCGCCUCGCAGGAAUCUCCGACUUGGAGCAAAAUAACAAUCACCAAAAAGUGGCCUGCGGCUGACUAAGGGACACAUGGUGAUCCCACCAGCACGAGUGUGGAGCGGCAAGGACACAGAUCGUGAGGUACCAUCGAUGGGGUAGCUUGCUUUCCAUUGAGGGGGUAGCUUGGUUACCAUUAGAGAGUAGCUUGGUUACAUUUGAGCGAGUAGCAUAUGAUUACCGUUGAGCGGGUAGCUCGGUUACCAGGUUACCAUUGAGGUCGUGGCCUAGCUCGGCCCGCCUCAUCGCUCAGAUAUGACUCUCGGAAUCACUAGUCGUCGAGCAGCCGGCGGUCCCCCAUUGUCUCCGCGCCGGUCUGCCCGGGGUCGGAGGGACGGCCGCCGGCCGCAGCAAGAGAUUUAUUUACAUCAAACAGUGGGCGAGCGCGCAUUGGUGCGUUUGUUGCGGCCCCGUCCAUUCAGACCUCAUUGUUUUACACGGUGCCAUAGGACCGUUGACAUUGCUUUCAUUGCGUUCAAAAUAUAAUGUUUUAAGUUGUAUAUUUGUAUAUGAAUAAUGUGUGUGCGUGUGUAUGCAUGAGUGUGUGUCUGUAUUUAUUCGCGUGUUUUAUUUGAGAGAAAGUUUUGUUGUAACGACCCCACAAAGAACUUGGGGAAACGACCCAUCGCAUGAAAACAGUAUUCUUUUUAGUCAAUAUUUAUACGAAUGUAAAUGUGAAUAAAGGGAAGAGAAGUCUGCCAUGAUGUAAAACAAACACCAAA